UCACGAGCCCAAAUAAUUUUUUAGCAAGUCCGGUUUUGCUUUGACUGUAUUUUCCAAAUAUUUAAAGUUUUUGACAAAUUUUGAAAAUUAUUCGAGUGGUAAUAAUAAAUUGUAAUACGUCUGUGAAAGGUGGAACUGAUCUAAUUUGAGAAGCAGAAUCUUUUGUCAAUACGAAAAUGUAGAGAGAAAGUAAACCCGAGUCACAAGCUUCAAAAAUUUUGGCGAAGCUAAAUUGUUGGAAGGUCAUCACCAUGAUUCGUCUAGUCACCUGUCAGCUAUGCAAUACCAAUGUGGCGAUGAAGGCUUUCUCGUCAUCGUCGUCUUCAGUUUGGACAACACCAGUGCGAGCUUUUUCUCUAGGGAAGAUUCGUUGGAGAAAACCUGCUACUGCUGCGAGAGAAGAAAUAGACCAAGAUCCAAUUAUUUCUAACAAAAUUGAAAGUCGACCAGUCGAUGUAGCAUCGCCAGUUUCAGCGCCUAUUACCUCCUCGCCACCACCACACGUACUCCCCUCCACGUCCCAUAUAUCCGACGCCCCCCUUAAACUACUAAACUCGGUUCCACCCACAUUUUUAAGAAACGCUGUUGCUCAAACACAUCAAUUAGAGUAUACAAAAUUGCCCUCGUAUUACUUAUCGCUGUCGAAAUCGCGUCUCACCGGCCUCGUCGUUGUGACGGCAAUGGCUGGCUAUGCAAUGGCCCCUGCGUCCUUUGCUCUUCUCCCAUUUGCGAGUUUGACUCUCGGAACGGCACUAACUUCCGCUGCGGCAAAUACGAUCAAUCAGAUUAUGGAGGUGGAAUAUGACGCCCAGAUGGACAGGACGAAGAAUAGAGUGCUCGUUCAGAGGCACUUGAGUAUGACCCACGCCAAAGUUUUCGCCGCCCUUACUGGUCUCGGUGGCGUUGGUAUAUUAGCAAUUGGCGCAAAUCCACUCACUGCCCUGCUUGGUGGGUUUAACUUGGCCUUGUACACCUGUGCCUACACCCCAUUAAAAAGGAGAACGAUUGCAAACACAUGGGUUGGAUCGGUCGUUGGUGGAAUUCCCCCCAUCAUGGGAUGGGUUGCUUGCACGGGGGAAUUGUCCCAUGGAGCGCUCCUCCUCGGCGGAAUCUUAUAUGCUUGGCAGUUUCCACAUUUUAACGCAUUAUCGUGGAAUAUAAGGAAAGACUAUGAUAAAGCGGGAUACAAAAUGAUGGCGAUUUCACAUCCUGAUCUGUUGAAAACCACUUCACUCCGAUACAGUCUUGGAAUAAUUGCAAUGUCUAGUCUCGCUCCCGUUUGUAAUGUCACCUCGUGGACGUUCGUCUUUGAUUCACUCCCACUAAACGGAUACUUGGUCUAUUUAGCAUACAGAUUCUAUAAAGACGGAGAUUCAGCGAGUUCCAGAAAACUAUUUAGAUUUACGCUAAUCCAUCUCCCAAUCUUAAUAGUAUUAAUGAUGAUUAGUAAGAAAAAUUAUGACAAGCCGUGCCCGCCCGUAGUUGGAGAAGGGGGAUUAGAAGCGGUGGCAGCAACAGUGUCCUCAAUCAUCGUAUCUGGAAUUCAACCUCCACAAAAUCCAGUUCUACUAGAAAUUUCACAAACUUAAGAACGUAAUCAGAUAUAUAGUAAUAAGAAGCUUAAUAGGUUAGUGAAACUAUGUACGAAUGCAAAAAAUGUCAUUGAAUAAAUCAAUCCUGACGAGAUUAACAUGUCGAAGUUAAA